AUGAAAAAGCUAGCUUGUAAGGCUAUUAUCACCUUACUAAUCAGCAUCGUGACCUUCACUAAAUCAGUUCAAGGACCAUUUUUCAACUACGACGAUAACAACAAUAAUAACGUAUUUAAUGAAGUGGAAGAUGAUGAUCAGUAUGCAAAAUCUUUCGAUGAUCAGAAUUUUGAUAAUUCAAAUGAGGCUUAUAUUUUAACGGUAUCAAAGGCUAUUGGUCAAGUGACAGGACUUGGAAUAAAUUCAUUGGGACAGUUACUGGCAUUUCAUCGCGCUGGACGAAUUUGGAAUCGAUGGUCAUUCGAUGAAAAUCAUCGCUUCAAUACUAGUUUUGGUCCAAUCAAAAACUCAACAAUUUAUGUGAUUAGUCCACAUUCUGGUAAUGUUUUGCAAGAAUUUGGACAAGAUAUAUUUUAUCUGCCUCAUGGAUUGACUGUUGAUUACGAUGAUAACAUUUGGGUAACAGACGUUGGAUCUCAUCAAGUGUACAAAUUUGACAAAAAUUUUAAAUUACUGUUAAAAUUGGGAGAGCAUUUGGUGCCAGGAAGUGAUUCUAAACAUUUUUGCCAACCAACUGAUAUUGCUGUUGCUAAGAAUGGGCAUUUCUUUGUUUCUGAUGGUUACUGCAAUAGUCGCGUCAUGAAAUUCGAUCAGUAUGGAAAGCUGUUAGCAGAAUUUGGCGGCUCAAAUGGUGACGAUGAUUUUUUGAUUCCACACUCGUUGGCACUUAUUGAAGAUAUGAAUCUUAUUUGUGUAGCUGAUCGAGAAAACGAACGGAUUCAAUGUUUCAGUGCAGGUAUCGCGAAUGAUGAACGAGCCCUACCAAUCGGAAUUUUAAUUACUAAAGCAGAAAGUAUUGGUCGAAUCUUUGCAAUUCGUGAAAAAAAACACUACUUGGUGGGAGUGACUGGAUCUGACAGUGAAGGCAUUGAACCACAACUUUUUGUGAUGGAUAUGAACAGUGGAAAAGCAAACAGCUUUGUAAAAGGAAUCGAAAAUGCUCAUUGCUUGGCGAUAUCCGAAGAUGGCACUGUUUAUGUUGGCCAAACUAAGCCUGAACAGAUUGUCGAACUUUCUUUGCUUGAUCAAAAUUGA